AUGUCGCUCAAGAUGAUAUUUCUUGGAAUUAUCCUUGUCACUCUCGACGGGGUCUUCGGGUUAAACGUUCAGCACCGUCGCGCCGUUGAACCUCUUCAAGACGGAGCUGUGAUUGGGUACUCAAUCGCAGAUGGCCUUAUUAAGAGACAAGCAAGCGUUUGUCCCAUCGGCUCUAGGGAAUGUGCAAGAAAUUCUAGUCAAAUCUUUUGCGCUGGCGUAUGCUGUUUUGAAGACGGCGUCUUCUCAUAUGGCUGUAACCCCGGAUACUACUGCGCUGGAUCUGGUGCCAAUGCGGGAUGCUGCCGGGUAGGCCGGAUUUGCACAGGGUCCCCACCCACAUGCGUCGAUAACGGCGAACCCGCCCCAUCUCCGACCUUAGCUUGUCCCGCAGACCAACCAAUCUGUACAACGAACGCUCGCGGCGCACCCAUCUGCUCUGGCGAUGCGACCGUAGGAAACACUAGGUCUUUCACUAUUACUCUCACGAGCACAAUCUCAACCACCACCACCUCCUCUACUUCUGAGUUUGAGACCGAGACAACAGAGGAACCAGAACCUACCACUACUACCACACAGGAGCCGGAGCCGGAGCCAACAACAACCGAAGAGACCUCAACCGUCGAGGAAACCACCACCUUAACCAUUACUACCAGUGAAAUCCCAGAAGAAACCACCACGACUUAUGAGCCAUCGUUAACUUCAGUUGAGACUGCUGAGAUUUCAACUGUUACUCCUUCUCCCACCCGAUCCUCGAAUGCCACUGUAACGCCACCGCCACCGGCGACCAGCAACUCCGGCCGGAUAUCGACGGUGAAUUUGAUGAUUGCUCUGAUUAGUGUUGCUUUUGCUUUCUUCAUGUUUUAA